AUGGAAAAUUACUUAGACAUGAGUAAUGCAUGGCCAAUGCCAUUAUAUUCUGAGGUUGCAGACAGUAAUACAAAUAAAGUCUUGCCGCAUCAACAUAAAAGUGUGAACAGUGAUGAUUACAAUUUAUGUGUACAACAAACUUCUCUGUGUCAUUUUAUUGGUACCGAGCAAGUGCAAUCGGUGAAAAUUUUACUUAAUCAGGGAGCUGCAGUUAAUGUCACAAUGUCAUCGCCGCAUUAUACUGGGUACACUUUAUUGCACUACGCGGUUGAACGCAGCAACGCCGAAAUAGUAGAAUUGUUGCUGAAAAAUGGUGCCCAUGUUGAUGCUUCUACAGUAGAGAACAGACUUAAACCUAUUCAUAUCGCAGUUAUGAGAGGAAAUUAUGAUAUCAUAAAAUAUCUUUUAAUAUAUAAAGCACAAAUUGAUGCAACAUUCGAUGUGGCGAUUUCAAAAGAGUACAGUUGUUUACAUCUAGCCGCUCAAAAUAAUGACUUAAACGUUAUUAAAUUACUUUUGGAAUCCGGCGCUGACAUAAAUUUACAAGAUAAGGAGAAGCGCACUCCUCUUCAUUUAGCGAUUCAAGCUGCUCAAGUGGAAGCUGUAAAUUUAUUAUUGAAGUAUCAUCCUAAUACUAUGCUGAAAAAUUGCCAGCAACAAACACCCUUAAUUUUUGCACUCGACAAUAUGUGCCCAGUUUUGUUUCUUCGCGUGAAUAAUAUUGAAGAUCUUGUGAAAUUACGCUUACAGCAUCAGUAUAGUGGUUGUAAAUGUGAAAUAAUUACGCACACUUUGGUUCGUCAUUUAAUAAAGCUGAAAGUAGCAAAUUUUAAAAUUGACGAAAAGGAUCAAGAAAUUAUUUUACUCAGUGAAACUUAUCGCGAGUUAGAAAGCUCUUGCUCAAACGAAUUAGAACAAAUGCAAGUGUUGGUUGUUAAAAAUAUGACAAUUCAAAAAUUGCGAGAUUUACAAGCAGUAACACAUUUAGAACUUCUAUCAUUGUUCCGUGGUGAACCAGUCAUCCGCGAGCCUCGUAGCCAAACAUUAAAAAGAGAUCAGGAUAUUAACAAUGCUUGGAUAUUAUACGAACAAAAUAUUUUAAAUAUUCAAUCUUUCCUAGCAUAUGCUAGUUUUUUUCUGAAGCCCGCGUAUCAAGAAGAAGAGCAGAACCUUAAUAAUAUGGAUAUCGCGACUGAUGAAGAGGAGGAUGUAUUAGAAGUAGGAGGCGUGAUUCUACAGCCACCAGAAUACUAUUAUGCAAUGGAAGUUUUUCAUGAAAUUGAUGUAGUGUUUGAAUAG